AUGACUGAGAUCGAUCCGGGCCCGAUAACAUUACGAGAGGAGGAGAGGAGCUCGCUCCACCGAAGUGUCGACCCGUCGGUAGCAAUAGAUGAUAAACAUGUAACGACGAGGCGGAAGGUCGUCUACGAUUUCGAUUAUGAAGAUCCUCGUCUCCGAAUGGAAGGGUUUGUGGUUGACUACUUCUCCUGGCGGAUCGCUGAAGGCGGUGGCGAUUGGUAUGAUCAACCAGAACAAGGAGAAACCCAACCCGAAUACAAAAUCGUUAGAAAAGUCUGCGAAAUCUUCGAGCGUCGGUUUCAAGAAGAAAUACGGCGCUGCGCGGCCCCGUUGAUCGAAUCGCCCUCGCAAACAUUCCAGAAAUAUUGCACCGUCGUCGAAAAGUUUAUUAAUACUGCCAAUCAAAGUGAUGGGGUGAUGUCGUAUGGAAGAUUGAUUGGAUUACUCGCGUUCAGCGGCUAUCUGGCUGCAAUGUUGGCGAACACCGGCCAUCGGCAUGAGAUCUCGCAGGUGUCGCUUUAUACCUCGAAGUAUAUCCAGUCUCGAAUAAAUGCUACAUGGGCCGACGAGCAUCUCUCCUGGGCGGAUUUCAUGGAGACAUCCAAGGCAUCACUCUUGGAGCGUGAGGCGCAGCAAAACAGCGACGGCCAUUUGGCGAGAUGGGGAAUAGUGGCGGCGGCGGUAGUUGGUGUCAUGGUGUCUGUCUCCUUGCUACUCAACAAGCGCCAU